UACAAUCCUCUUUGCAUUUAGUUCUAUCACUUCACAUUACUUGUUUGGAGCCUCCUUUUUUCAAGAAUUCAUGUUCUCCCACUCCUCCUUAUAAUGCAUUUUGUUAUUUUCUGCCACCAAUCCAAAGAUCCAUCCACCCUUUAAUGUGUUGUACCGGGUGCUCUGUUGCUUGUACCUUAUACCCAACUGUUAGUCCUAUAAAUAUAUCUUCUAAGUUCUACCUCCUACCUAAGUUUUGUUUUUGUUGACUAUUUUAGUCUACCUACACCCUCUUUUACCUCACUCACACCUAUGCCCACAUAGACUUUUCUAAAUAUAUACACAGAAAACUAGUUUACUAGUAAAAGUAGGAGAGUCUAGGAAUAAAGGAAAUGGGAAGUUUUCAAACCAAAGACAAAAGCUACCCAAAUGCCAAAGUGGUUGAAAGGUUGAAGUAUAAUGUAAGAUUUCUUCAAGCUGAGGUGAAUGAAAUAAUGUGCAUGAGGGAACAUGAGAGUCAAGCUUAUGCACAAGAGAUGAUCAUUUUUGCAUUAAAAGAAGCAGAGUGGAAGAAGGAAAGGAAGAAGCUAAGGGAGGAAGUGAAGAAUUUGAGGAAGAAGUUGGAAGAUAAACAAGAAGGAGAAGAAGAGAAGUCCAAAGGAGUAGAAAAUCAUGACAUGUUAAGUAGUGUGAAAAGGGAGAAGGAGUGGCAUCACUUGGGAUCAAGCUACUUGUUGGAGCAAAUUAAGGAUGAGCAAGCUAGAAGAGAUGUCGCGAUUGAGAGGUGGAAACAACUUUAUUUUGCCAUCAAAAUUGAGCUCGAUGAUCUUAUCCAGAGGACAAAUCAAGGAGAAGGACUCUGCUGGAAAAUAGAGCAAAUGGAAUUACUAGAGGAGCUGCAUAGGGAGCUGAAAGAAAAGGUGGAAACCAUUGCGCUUUUAAAAGAGCGAAUAUCUUUGAUGGAACAACAAGAACUCAAGAGGGAGAGGGAGGUAGACAUUUUGAGGCAAAGCUUGAAAAUAAUGAGCUACAAGAUGAAGGCAACCAGCAUUUCUAAAAAUCUUUCGAAAAGCUUGCAUCUGUAAAGUUCAGUCAUUACUGAAAACUGAUAGCUAUAAUAUAGAAUAAGUGGUGGUCACAUAAAAGUUUUCUUCUAAUAUGUUCUCCUCCUCAAGAACAUAGCUAGUUUCAGAUAGCAGUCUAGUAUUUUAUGGUUAAUUUGUUGACUUGCGCCCUAAAACAGAUAAUGCUUUUUCAGAUUCUUUCAGUUUUUGGA